AUGUCUUACCUAUUCCGGCACUCAUCAGUAGGGACUGCUCUCCACUACAUCCGCCAUCGCAACCUCGACUUCUCCCGUUCUAAGGCGAAGGCACUGUCACCCUCCUCUUCGACCGAUGAUAUCCCUGCCGCGAUCCCCGCAGACAGCGUCCUCGGUGCCGAACUCAAACUCGAGCAAAGUGCGACCCUCGUCGGCUGGGACGGCCCCAAUGACCCAAGCAACCCUCAGAACUGGCCGAUGAGGGACAAGGUCCUCAUGACUACCCUCAUCGGCCUGUACACGUUUGCUGUAUACGUCGGCUCGUCCAUCUACACACCUUCACAGGAGGCGGUACAGGAGGUAUUUCACAAGUCACACGUUGAGGGUUCGCUGGGCCUCGCGUUAUACGUGCUAGGCUACGGUAUCGGAUGCCUACUCUUCUCGCCCAUCUCAGAAAUCCCAGCCGUUGGACGAAACCCACCAUAUGCUAUUUCAGGCUUCCUUUUCGUCAUCCUGUGCAUACCCACUGCGCUCGUGGAGAACUAUGAGGGUCUGAUGGUGCUGCGAUUUCUGCUUGGUUUCAUGGCAUCGCCUUGCCUGGCUACAGCAGGAGCGUCGCUAGCCGACAUCUGGACCAUGGCUCAGUUUCCCUUUGCUGUAGCUUUGUGGGCUGCGACAGCAACCAUGGGUCCCGCUCUUGGCCCAACACUUUCCACCUACGCUGUCCGCGAUCUUGGUUGGAGAUUCUCAUCUUGGGAACUCAUGAUCAUCGCCGGACCAGUCUAUGUCUUAAUGCUGUGCAUGCUGCCCGAAUCUUCAGCUCCCACGAUCCUAUACUACAAAGCAAAGCGCCUUCGCGAAGAGACUGGUAACCAGAACCUCAUGUCUGACGCAGAGAAGAAACAGAAGAACCUGAAGGCCUCCAGCCUCCUGUUUGACGCUCUCAUCAAGCCCUGGGAAAUCAACGCGCUCGACCCCGCAAUUCUCUUCACGACCAUCUACAUGGGCUUGUGUUACGGUACUUACUACUCGUUCUUCGAGUCACUGCCUCUUGUGUAUCCGGUCAUGUAUGGGUUCUCCGCUGAAAGUACCGGACUUGUUUUCCUCGUCGUCGCACCAGCUGGUCUCCUCGCGUUCACCGUUCACUGCAUCUACCUCAAGUAUAGAGUGUUUCCAAGGAUGAUGAGCGGCACUUUCGGUGAGCUCGAGAACCAUCUGCUGCCGGGUUUGUUCGCAAGUCCGAUUAUAUGCAUUGGUCUCUUCAUGUUCGCAUGGACAGCCCGUCCCUCAGUACACUGGAUAGUGCCAACACUCGGCCUAGGAUUCACCAUCUUCGGCACAUACUUUGUCGCACAAUCAGUGCUUUUGUACAUCCCUAACAUAUACCCUCGAUAUGCCGCCAGCAUCUUCUCAGCGAACAGUCUAUCGAGAAGCUUGUUUGCGUUUGCAGCAAUCUUGUUUGCGAGGCCCAUGUUUGUAAGCAUCGAUAUUGACGGAGGUGUCAGCCUGCUUGCUGGGUUCAUGGUGCUAUGUACCAUUGGUAUGUGGGUAUUGUUCCAGUUCGGUAAGGGCAUGAGGGAGAGGAGUAGGUUCGCUGUGGUGUAA